GAAGCGGCUCGAAGCUGUUUAGAGGUCCCGGAGGCUUGAAGCUGCCGAAGCUCAACUCAAGGCAGAUGAGCAAAUGCAAGAGAAUUUGAUUGCUGGGAGAGGAAUUGUGUUCUCUCGUGUGUUAGAAGUUGUAGGUUUCCAAGGAAGUGGGGAUUAGAUCAAACUGCCCCCUUCUUGUUUCACUGAGUUAUCCGAUCAAGGUGCUUUUGAUAAAGGGUCAUUGUACUUCCAGUUAUCCAUGGUUCAUCAUGAAGCUGCUUCAGAAACGAACCAGAAGGAAACCCAUUCUGGUGCUCUGGAGUUCACUGCAGAGGAAGGUCAAGUUGGGCUUCCUCCUCAUGUAUGGAGUAAUCUAUUCCCCCUAGACAACACUCCUUCUCCUGCAACUGCUUUAGUUGUGGUUCGAUAUGUGUGGCUGCCUAAAGGAAUUUAUGCAAAGCUUCAACCGGAUAUGGUGAGCAAGCCUGUAACGAACAAGUGGAGGGAAAUCGACAGCAGCGGAUUCAAUACGAUAAGGUUGAGCACAAGUUUGAAGAGGAAGAAGCUAGAGGAGCAGUUAGGGAGCAGCGAGAUCUAGAGAAACAGUUCGAGUGCUAGCUAGAGGAGGACGGUACGAGCGUCACAGAGGAUGUCUAAUCAGAGUUUUUCACACAAGCAACAACACUUGAGACUAGUUAGUUAUUAUGUUUUAUGAUUAUGAGCAUAGACCGGAGAUCAAGUUGAGUUUUUAAAGUUUGAGUU